AUGCAAUUUUCAUCUCUCGCUCAACCUUGUGCUUCUUUUCUAGCGAAAUCUACCAUUAAAAAAUUCUCUGAACCUCAUCAAUUGGCUGCUAUUGUAAACGCACAAACAUUUACUCGCAAUGCUCAGUUGAGAUGCUUUAUGCUUACACCAAAUAAGAGGGCAAAAUUGCCGACAAAUAUAAUUUAA